CCUGGGGUCACUUAUUGGUAUAAAAACGGUCACAACUGCAUCCAUCGGCAGACUUGACUGUUUGUUGAGGUACAGCAAACAUGAAGAUCUCAGUGGGAUUCAUCUUUUUGUGCCUUGCUGCCCUUGCAGUUUCCAAGCACCCAUACAAAGUUGCUAAUAAGGAAUUUUUGGAACGUCAAAAGGACGUUCUCACAUUAUUCUCUUACAUAAACCAACCAACUUAUUACAAAGAGCAUUUGAGCAUCCUCGAGAAAUGGGACUGGAAAAACUACGAGAAUCACUUUACUAAACCAGAAUACUUUAAGAAAUUCUGGCAGUACUAUCACUACGAUGCAUUCCUUCCCAGAGGAGAAAUCUUCUCGGUCUUCAACUAUCACCAUGUGGAACAAGUCAAAGUUUUAUUUGACAUGUUUUACUAUGCCAAAGAUUUCGAAACCUUCUACAAUUUUGCCGUUUGGGCUCGUCAAUACAUUAACGAAGGCAUGUUCUUGUACACCGUUUCGGUGGCCAUCGUUCAUCGUCCUGAUACUUAUGGUAUUGUCAUUCCUCCAAUCUAUGAGAUUUAUCCGUACUAUUUCUUCGGAAGCGAAGUUAUCGAAAAGGCUCAGUACUACAAGCAAAUAUACCAUGGCGAACAACAAGACGGUUACCAUACCAUUUGGGCCAACUACUCUGGAGACUAUUUGAAUCUUCACCCCGAGCAAUCUAUGUCCUAUUAUUUGGAAGAUGUAGGCAUCAACAACUUUUAUUACUACUUCAACUUGUACUAUCCCUACUGGAUGUCCGCACAAGAAUACAAUUUUGUUAAUGACAAACGUGGUGAACUCUAUUUGUACUUCUACCAACAAAUACUGGCUCGUUAUUAUUUGGAACGUUUGUCCAACGAUUUUGGAGAAAUUCCUUACUUCAAUUGGGAAGUUCCUUUCGAAACUUACUACUAUCCAUCUAUGCACUAUCAUAAUGGACUCGCAUUCCCGUCCAGACCCAAGUUCGCUAAUUUGUACGAAUACUUUUACAACUACGGUCAAUCAUGGACAAUGAAGUCAAAGUAUGGAUACAGUUACACAUACUCUACUGAAUAUGAAAAACGCAUCCACGAAGCUAUCGAUUUCGGUUACUACUACGACAAAUCGGGAGAGAAAUUCGAUUUAUACAAAGAAGGUGGCAUCAACGUACUUGGUAAUUUAAUCCAAGGUAAUCCGGACUCUCCUCAUCCUCAAUACUACGGAGCUUUACAAGUAUUUGCUCGUCAUCUGUUGGGUUAUUCCUUCCAACCCUUAGAUCAUUACCACUUGGCUCCAUCUGCCUUGGAACAUUUCGAAACUUCCAUGCGCGACCCCGCCUUUUACCAAUUGUACAAGAAGAUCGUCUACUACUACUUCAGAUACAUGUCCCAUGUCAAGCCUUACACCAAAACCGAACUGUAUUUCCCCGGAGUCGAAGUUACUGAUGUUAAAUUCGACCGUCUGGUCACCUACUUUGACACCUUCGACUCAGACAUCAGCAACGGCGUCUACGUAACUCCAGAAGAAUAUGUCAACCACAAAUUCAAAGUGUAUGCCCGUCAAUACCGCCUCAACCACAAGCCGUUCAAUUACUACAUCCAUGUCAAGUCUGAUAAACCAGUCAAGGCUGCGGUUAAAAUCUUUCUUGGACCCAAAUACGAUGAAUACGGUCGCUUCAUCAACAUCAGUCAAAAUCACUACAACUUCGUGGAGUUCGAUUACUUCACUUAUGAUCUGAAAGCCGGUGACAACAAAAUCACUCGCAACUGUCACGAGACUCCAUUCUUCGGCCCAGACCGCACCUCUUACCAUGAACUCUACAAGACUGUAAUGGGAGCCUACAAUGGACAGGGUGAAUUCCAUCUCGAUGGAUACCAACAGUACUUCUACUUCCCUCAAAGAUAUAUGCUGCCAAUGGGCAAAGAAUAUGGAAUGCACUACCAGUUCUUCGUCUACGUUUAUCCAUUUGAAGAGUUCAAGGGACACCACGAGCACGAAGGCCAAUACUACUACCCGAAAGUCGGAAGUGGUAGCUAUAUUGAAGACAACUAUCCGUUUGGUUAUCCAUUUAACAGAUUUAUCGAGUUUGAGAAGUUGUGGUACGAUAUGCCCAACGGAUACUUCUAUGAAGCACCAAUUUAUCACACACCUGUCCAUCAAACCCAAUCCGCUAACUAUCAUUAAUUGAUUUAUGAUAUAAUAAUACAUUGUUAUUUAUUUGAUAAAUAAAUAAAGAGUUGAAGCAAUA